AGUCUGCUGUUCUCUAUCUGCUCGAGUUUCUCCAGCACAGCAGACAAGGCUCAUAUCUGCUGCUCUCGCUCCCCCUGCUCCAGGUCAUUCUCUACCAGCACAAGACAGAAUACACAUCAGCAGGAUGUCGUUCACCAAGAAAACCAGCUACACUGUGAAGUCCUCUUCCUCUGGAUCUGUCCCACGCAGCUUCAGCAGUAUGUCCUAUUCCGGCCCCAGCGCCAGCCGGCAGAGCUACAGUGUGCGCAGCUCCUAUGGAGGUGCCAACCGUGGCAUGGGAGCUGGAAUGGGAGGUGGUAGCUUCAUCAGCAGCUCUUCAGCCUACGGUCUUGGCAUGGGAAUGGGCAUGGGCAUGGGUACCGGUGUCAUAGCACCCAUCCAAGCGGUCACCGUCAACAAGAGCCUCCUGGCACCUCUGAACCUGGAGAUCGACCCCAACAUCCAGGUUGUCCGCACCCAGGAGAAAGAUCAAAUCAAGACCCUCAACAACCGUUUCGCUUCCUUCAUUGAUAAGGUACGUUUCCUGGAGCAGCAAAACAAGAUGCUGGAGACAAAAUGGAGCCUCCUUCAGAACCAGACAGCCACACGCUCCAACAUCGACGCCAUGUUCGAGGCCUACGUCGCCAACCUGCGCAGACAGCUCGACAGCCUUGGCAAUGACAAAAUGAAGCUGGAGGCUGACCUGCACAACAUGCAAGGCCUUGUUGAGGACUUCAAAAACAAGUAUGAGGAUGAGAUCAACAAGCGCACAGAGUGUGAGAAUGAGUUUGUGCUCAUUAAGAAGGAUGUCGAUGAGGCCUACAUGAAUAAGGUUGAGCUGGAGGCCAAACUGGAAAGCCUCACUGACGAGAUCAACUUCCUCAGGCAGAUCUUUGAGGAGGAGAUCCGUGAGCUGCAGUCUCAGAUCAAGGACACCUCAGUCGUUGUGGAGAUGGACAACAGCAGGAAUCUCGAUAUGGACGCCAUCGUCGCUGAGGUCCGCGCUCAGUACGAAGACAUCGCUAACCGAAGCCGCGCUGAGGCGGAGAUGUGGUACAAGUCCAAGUACGAGGAGAUGCAGACAUCUGCAAACAAAUACGGUGAUGACCUUAGAUCAACAAAGACAGAGAUCGCUGAUCUUACCCGCAUGAUUCAGAGACUGCAGUCCGAGAUCGAUGCUGUGAAAGGACAGCGCGCCAAUCUGGAGAACCAGAUCGCAGAGGCAGAGGAACGUGGCGAGUUGGCCAUGAGAGAUGCCAAGGGCCGCAUUAAGGACCUGGAAGAUGCCCUGCAGAGAGCCAAGCAGGACAUGGCCCGCCAGAUUAGAGAAUAUCAGGACCUGAUGAACGUCAAACUCGCCCUGGACAUUGAGAUCGCCACAUACAGGAAGCUCCUGGAGGGAGAGGAGGACAGACUAGCAACUGGAAUCAAGGCCAUCAAUAUCUCAAAACAGAGCACGAGUUAUAGCGCUUAUCCCCUGGAAAGUGCAGGCAGUGGCUACAGCAGCCACUCUAGUUAUUCCAGCGGCUACGGUGGCGGCUACGGUGGCGGCUACAGCUCUGGCGGCUACAGCUCUGGUGGCGGCUACAGUUCUGGUGGUGGCUACAGCUCUGGUGGCGGCUACAGCUCUGGCAGCGGCUACGGUGACACCGUCUCUCAGACCAAGAAGAGCGUUGUGAUCAAGAUGAUUGAGACCAAGGAUGGCAAAGUUGUGUCUGAGUCCUCUGAGGUCGUCCAAGAUUGAGCGAGUCCCCUUCCCCGAUUCUGUCCUCUAAACCUCACGCCUCUUAUGCAUUCCUGACCUUCCCUCUCAAGAGUUAUGGCUGUGGCAGGUCCAAGGCACUAGACAGUUAUGCAGUCAUAAACCAGGUUGUAAAGCAAUAAACCAUUCACACUGACCAAAGAAUUCCAGAGGGACCAAAUACUCUCACUGCUCUUGUCAUGCCUUAAUCCACAUCACUAAAAACUCACACCCUCAGGCCACUGCACAACAAUACUGUCUUCAGAUCUUACCUUGCACAACAUGGCCACAUGUGUAGGCUGGACAAUCCUCGAUGUGCCACUAACAUGAGCUAGCCAUUUAGCUGAAUUGCUCAACAUGCUAAGAAACUGAUUUCCACAUUAACUAUGAAGGGAUAUGUUUGUGUUUGUGCUAAAUUACUAGCAUGUUAGUGGUAGAUCCAUGUGGUUUGCCUAUUUAGUAGAGAAUGUCAUUUCAUUGUACUCUGGUAAUUAAGAGAGAUGUUGCCCAUUGUGUAUCCUGUUUUCUGAGGUGCUGUUUUUGCUACCAAAAUAAAGUGUUUACCUAAAA